AUGGGUGCAACUGUAACUGCAACAGCAACACCAGGGUCAAGUGACAGAUUGACUGAUUCUGAUCCAAUUGAACUUACAGGAAAAAUCAUGGUGGUAGCUAUAAUUUUCCUGUUUGUAGUUGUUAUGUUUGUUCUAAUGCUUCAUUUAUAUGCCAAGUGGUUCUGGUGGCGUUUUGAGGAGAGAACAGCUCCUCAACCAAGAAACCGCCGUCGCAGACGGCGGUUUCAAUUUGCUCCUGGUCAAGAUCCUAUCUUCUAUGGUAGUGGAACUCACCAAAUUGGACUUGAAGCUUCAAUUCUUAAGUCUUUGCCUGUUUUGGUUUUCAAACCAGAAGAAUUCAAAGAUGGGUUGGAAUGUGCUGUUUGUCUUUGUGACAUUGUUGAAGGAGAAAAAGCUAGACUUUUACCAAAAUGCAAUCAGAAUUCUAAAGUUGCGACUUUUUAUCGCGAUGGAAAACAAUCUAAGGGUGGAAAAAAAUAA